AGCUGCUUGGAUUUGAGCACUUGCGGCGCAAGUGCCCGCAGCACCAGCAUCUCCGCGCGCGCGCCGCAGUGCACGAUGCUCCAGGGCGCCAGGGAGAAGGCCUCCGCGAUCGCCUUCCUGGCACAGGGCGUUCCGGGCCUGGCGGUGGCCAUCGCGAGGUCCAAGCUGCGCGGCGACGGUGACGCGGACGCCGUCCUGGCGUGGGUGACCUCCGAGACGGGCGGCCUGCUCGCGCCGACCGGCAAGUCGGGGGCGCGCUCCUCCGCGAACGGCUCGGAGGCAGUGAGGCGCGCCCGGGAGCCCUCCGCGCCCGGCACGCUCCGCCUGUUCGGGUGGGAGCUGUCCUAUUUCUCCGGCAAGGUCCGUGGGUACCUCCGCUACAAGGAGCGCGUGACGCCUGGGUUCUCCUUUGACGAGGUCGUGGCCUCGCCGGAGGUGAUCGCCGAGGUGCUCGUCCCCGAGACGCACACCAAGGCGGUGCCGCAGGUCCGCCUGCCAGACCGCUUCGUGAUUCCACGGAGAUCAUCGAUGCCGUCGAGGCCUACCUCCCGGGCUCGCCAGCCGUGCUGCCCUCCGCGUCGGAACGCCCCAGGCAGCGCCUGGCGGUGGAGCUCCUGGAGCUGCUCGGCGACGAGUGGUUGCUCACGCCCGCCUACCACUGGAGGCGGGCAUGCUCCGGGAACGGCUCAUGCCCUCUGCGGAAUGCCCGCCUUCAUGAACGGUGCGAGGCCGCUGCCGAGCCAUCGCGAGUACAACGAGAGGCAGUGGGGCGCGUUCUUCCGACCCAGCGAGCCCGAGGACGUCCAGCGGCGGACGGCACGCUUCUUCUUCGACAAUUUGUUCCUUGCGGGCUUGGGGCUCGGGAAGUACUCCGUGGAGUCCCUCGGCGUCACCGACGACACGGUCGCUGCUUGGGAGGCCUCGUGCCGCAACAUCCUUGGCAUCUUCGAGCGCCACCUCGAGUCGCACGACUUCGUCCUUGGCGGCCGUGUCUCGACAGCGGACUUCGGCUUGCUUGGCCCCUUGUACGCACACCUGCUGACGGACCCGGUGCCGGGAAGGAUGAUGGAAGAAGAGUUCCCGCGAGUGUCGCAGUGGUGCCGUCGCGUUCACGAUCGGGGCAGCCGGCCAGAGAGGGGCGCGGAAGAGUGGCUGCCAGACGAUGCUGUGCCUGAGACGAUCAUGCAGUUGCUCCUGGUGUUCUUCACCGAGUUCUGGCCGGUCCUCAGGAGCACGUGCAGCGUCUUGACUUCCUAUCUGCAGAGUGGCCACGGCUCCGGCCCUCUGCCGGGCAAGUCCUUCACCCCGGACGGCCCAGCGCAGCGAGGCGGGGGCCGCCUCACGCACGCCUUCUCCCUGCCUUUCGACAGGCACGGCCGACCUGGAGGCGUUUCCCGAGGGCGUCGUUUCGUGAAUCCGUACCAGGUCUGGAUGCUGCAACGGGUGGAGGCAGCAGUUCGCCAAAGCGACCUCGAGGUCUUGACUGGCUUCCUGUCUAGGUUGGACGGCGGUACUGAUCUGCUCGGCUUGCCUUCCAUGCUCGAGCAUUGCCGAGUCCGCAAAGAGGGCGCCAUCAUUUUUGCUGCGGCACAACAUGUGCCUCACUCGCGUUUAUAAGUAUCAGGUGUGCUUGCAUUGCGUCGCAUGUGUUCUUGUCAAUAUCACAGCGACAACUUAUCUGCACCUGCCAGUGCGGCAUAUACUGCGCCUUGAUGUCGCCUCUCAGUCCGACGCCUGACAAAUUAUUAGGUUCGACGCGCAGUCGACGUCGUACAGGGGCAGGCACCACAAAUGCACAUAUCCCAUUGAUCACUCUGCAUGUUGGCAUUGAAUCACAGCCCGUUUGCUUCAGAAACAAAUUCUUGCAGCAAUCCCAGCCACUGUGACAGCGCAGCAUUAAAAUUCGACUCACGGUUGUUCUACCAAUCUCUC